AUGGGUACAGAGGAGGAACUCGCUGCUCGCAUCGCGGCUGCUGGCGACAAAGUGCGCGACUUGAAGGCGGUGAAAGACGCGGACAAUGCAGCAGCGAUCAAGGAAGCGGUGGCGCAGCUGCUCGCACUGAAGACGGAGUUCAAGGAAGUAACCGGCAAAGACUUUGGUCCGCCGCCCAGUGCCAAGAAGAAGAAGAAGACGCAGAAGACGCAGAAGGAGGAGGAGGAGGCAACGGACACGACUCUAGAGCAGUCGAAGGGGCUGAAGGAUCCAGCCAAGAAGUCGAAGAAAGAGCUCAAUAAAGAGCGCAAGAAGGCGCACAAGCUCGCAGUCAAGACGGGCACAGUAGACGACAUGCCUCCUGCUGCUACUUCAGCUACGGCUACAAUCAAGAAGACGCUGAAGAAAGCUGUUUACGCCGGCAUGGAGCUGCCUCCUCCUUCAGCAGAGGACGACGGAGUAAUUGUGUUCUCAAGUGCCGGUUUAUUGCCCCGUGCGAGUUUUGUUGUGGCUCAAUUGAUCAAGUACACGCCUGGAUUUCGCAACUUUGGACGGGAUGCUGUGUGCGCGGCGUUGGUGCCGACACUGACGCUUGUGGACGGGCGCCUCGUGUCGGGCGACUUUGCAAUUGCGCGCUACUUGGCGCGUCUCAAGCCUGAAUUGGGGCUGUAUGGUGCGGCGUCGAAGGAUGCAGCGGUUACGGAGACGGCGCUGCUGUUGUCGCAGAUUGAUGCGUGGCUGGACUUUGCGCUGACGCGUGUUGGCACGAGUGUGGACGAUGAUAGCGGCCUGCAGAUCUUGGAUCAUGUGCUCAAGACACAGACUUUUGUUGUAGGCCACGCUCUGUCGCUGGCAGACAUUGGCUUGUGGGCGCGACUGUCGCCGCUGCAGAAAGAACUAGAUUUAUCCGUGUACCCGAAUGUGGCUCGCUGGUUGGCGCACUUGGAAGCGCAGCAAGCGGUGUUUGCCAAGGUGGAUAGCACCUUGAAAGCCAUGCACGCACCUGCCCCGGUUGGAGCUGUGAAGAAGGCGAAAGACUCGGGAAGCUGUCCACCUCUUAAGGAUGCUGUCGAUGGACAGGUUGUGACGCGUUUUCCUCCUGAACCAUCGGGAUACCUGCAUAUUGGCCAUAUCAAGGCUUGCAUGCUAAACAACUAUUACGCGCGUCACUACCAUGGCAAGCUUAUUGUGCGUUUCGAUGACACAAACCCGAGCAAAGAGAAGGAGGAGUUCGAACAGAGUAUUAUUGCCGAUCUGAAGCGCGUGGGUGUCGUGCCGGAUGUAGUGACCUACACGUCUGACUACUUUCCGAAGAUUGCAGACUUCGCUCGCCAGAUGAUCCGUGAGGGCAACGCGUACAUGGACAACACACCACAAGAGCAGAUGCGUGAAGAGCGCAUGGAGGGCAUUAACUCCAAGUGUCGCGACCAGACGCCUGAAUUGAAUCUGGCACUGUUCGAGAAGAUGCUUAAGAACGAGCCAGAGGCUCAGGGCUACUGCUUGCGUGGCAAGAUUGACAUGCAGGCCAAGAACAAGACGAUGCGUGACCCCGUGUUCUUCCGUUCGAACCCGACGCCGCACCACCGCACGGGGACGAAGUAUCUGGCGUAUCCCACGUACGACCUGGCAUGCCCCAUUGUUGAUUCUCUAGAGGGUGUGACCCAUGCGCUGCGUACGACGGAAUACAACGACCGAGACUUCCAGUACCAGUGGGUGCUGGAUACACUUUGCCUGCGCAAGGUGAUCAUCCAGAGCUUCGCUCGUAUGAACUUUGUGUACUCGGUACUGUCGAAGCGGAAACUCCAAUGGUUCGUGGACAACGGCCACGUUGAAGGUUGGACGGAUCCACGUUUUCCCACCGUGCAAGGUGUGCUGCGUCGUGGCGUUCAGGUAGAAGCGCUGCGCGAUUUUAUUCUGAGCCAGGGUGCUUCACGCCGCAUCACGGACAUGGAGUGGGACAAGUUCUGGACACUGAACAAGCGUGUGUUGGACCCUACUGCCCCGCGCUACUUCGCAGUUGCCAAGGAGUCGUCGGUGCCGCUUCUGCUGACAAAUGUCGAGGACAAGGUGAUCGGUAUUCCUGUUGGCCGCCACCCGAAGGACCCGUCCAUGGGCAUCAAGAUGGUACGAUUUUGCAGCAAACUGUUGCUCGAGCGUGACGAUGUGGACAAUUUUGUGGAGGGUGAGGAAGUGACUCUCAUGCGCCACGGCAACAUCAUCAUCAAGAAGGUAAACAAGGCCGCGGACGGCACGAUUUCAAGUGUGGAGGCUGAGAACUACCCGGAAGGCGACUUCACGAAGACCAAGCUUAAGGUUACUUGGCUGGCUGACGUGCCGGAUCUCGUGCCACUCGUGCUGGUAGAGUUCGACCACUUGCUCAACAAGGCUAAGCUCGAGGAGGGAGACGACUUUCAGGACUAUCUCACGACGACGACGCGUGCUGAGAUGCAUGCUUUGGGCGACCACGAGCUCCGCAAUAUCAAGGAAGGUCAGGUCGUGCAGCUGGAGCGUCGUGGCUACUUUCGCGUGGACGUGCCGUACAUGUCGGACGACAAGCCCGUCGUCAUGUUCAUGGUGCCCGAUGGUAAGGUCAAGGCCAUGUCGACGUUGUCCACCAAGCUCGCCCACCGGUAA